AUGUCCAACUGGAACAAUAAAUAUGGAACAGGGGGCAGAUCCCCCACUACCUCGAGUAACGCAGACGGUUUUACUGGUUUCAAAGACCUGGGACCACGAGAUACAGCUCGACAUAUCCACAGGUUUGACAACAUAAAUCUCUCGCCAACACCAGGACCUACUGAAACAAGUCCACUGGAAUCAUGGAUCAAUGAAUAUGACAGUGGGAAAGCUGCGAGCGGCCGCGGUACUCCAUCCGUUACAUCUGCCUAUUCACGAUUGACUUUCGUAGCAGCCGUGGCUCCGCCGACUUCGGGAACGGCAAGUCCAUCGAAAUCACCUGGAUAUGAUCUACCAGUUUCGGCAAUAAACCAGACGAUCUCUCCGAAGGCUUCUCAACAAGAUAUUGCAAGUCCAUCUUCGUACAAGCAACCGAGAUAUAGGCCGCUGCUUUCAAGAUUCAAAACACCUCCAGGACCCACUUCACCCAAUCCAUCAACAAAUGUGGGUGCCGAUCCAAGCUCAAACUCGGCGUCCUACAUCUCUGAUAGAGAUAACCUAAAGUCUUCAAACUUCACAGGCCCUAUGCGAUCUGAACCUGCUCCACCUCGUACAGCUUUCACCAAUGCCGUCGACCCAGGGCCAACUAACUCGGAUGCGUUCCCUGGCUAUUCAACUAGAGUAUUCAAAAAUCUAACAUUAAGGCCAAUUCCACAACUCAAAUUCCCGAGCCAACCUCCCUCGCUCCCAGUCAACUCUUGGGACUCAGCAUCGUUGACGCGGUACUGGACCCAAGACCUAGUCCGGACCGCCAUCUUGCGAAUCAUGGGUGAGCUCAACCUCGAUUUCUACGAAGACAACUACAGAUUCUUUGACUUCGACGGCAGUCCACAGGUAGUUGAGAAGUUAUGGCAAGAAACCAUGCUAGUUUAUACACAGUUUAUCAACUCGUACGUAUACGGUUUGGAUAUAUUGACACUUAUCGCGAUGCAUGAGAGCGCCUUGAAUGGCGGUCCGCUGGCAAACAUCAAUGCCGUGUUGGCGGACAUGAUUUGCUUCUUCGCGGCUGGAAAAAUUGGUAUGGAGAAGAGAGCUGAGGAUAUGGCGCAGGCUCUUAUAUCUGGAGUUUGUUUUGUCAGCCGUAGGUGUGCUGAGAAUGGAUUGGAGUAUCCUGGUGGGAUUGGGAGAACCGAGGAUAGAGUCAUGCAGGCUUGCAUUCAGGGGACUUUCCGGAGUGGUUGA